AGCCGCGAGGCCGCCGGGAGCAGUCAUGCGGCUGCUGUGGUCGCUGUGGUCGCUGUGCGCAUGCGCGGAGGCCCUGCAGCUGCGUGAGUAGCCCCCGCCAGCUUCCUCUCUCCCUGCUGUGCGGGUCCCGGAGCGCAGUCAGAGCCGCGAGGCCGCCGGGAGCAGUCAUGCGGCUGCUGUGGUCGCUGUGGUCGCUGUGCGCAUGCGCGGGAGCCCUGCAGCUGCCUUCCUACAUCUCGCCCUGCUCUUACGACGACCCGGAGCUGAACAGCUGCGCCCUCACAGAGGCCAAGAAGGCCAUCACAUCUGUAGUCAGCGGCGACCGGAAGUACAACAUCCCGAAGCUGGAGCCGCUGCUGAUCGAGGAGCUGAAGGUGGACCAGGACUCGGCAGGGAGCGCUGUGGGCUUCUCGUUCGUCGCGCGCAACUGCACCAUGUGGGGGCUGUCCGGCGUGCAGGUGCUUGCGGUGCGGCUGGACCUGAAGAGACGCCACAUAGAGUACGACCUGGAGUUCCCUAGGCUCGAGAUACAGGCGGACUACACGGCGAACGGCAGGAUCCUGCUGCUGCCCAUCACGGGAAAGGGCACGACCAACAUCACCAUCACCAACGCGAAGGCAGUGUACCGCUUCAACUACACCCUGGACAAGAGAGAGGACGGAGAGUACAUGGUCAUCGCCGACCACAAGCUGGAGGCCACAGUCAGAGGACGGGCCUUCAUCCACCUGGACAACCUCUUCAACGGCGAGCAGGUCCUCGCCGACAACAUCAACACCGUGCUCAACGACAACUGGCAGGACGUGGUGCGAGACGUGGGCCCCGCCAUCGCUGACGCGCUGGGAGAGCUCAUCAAGCUGGUUCUGGGAGGCAUGUUCGGCGUCGUGUCCAUGCAGAACGCCUUCGCCGGCUAUCCCAGGGCAUGACCGUGCACUGUGCAACACCUAGUACAGUACUGCAACACACGCAGGUCUUCGUUUAAAAUAUAAAUGCCAACUGGUAAUUUACAGCAGGGCAUUACUAAGUGCAGCAGUGAAACAUCAAACACUCACUGCACUGAAACUGGGACAAAUAAAAAGUGCUUUCUAUUAGAUUAUACAACCUUAAUAACGCAUCACAGCUGCAACCGUCAUCACACAUUUUUGAUGGUUCUAUUGGCAUAUAAGACAAUAUUUGGGAGACAAAUUUUUCACUGAGCAGCUUGCAAAGAGGAAGGAGGGGGGGGGGGGUGAGACUGUCUUGCAAGAACCGAAAAAAGUGGCGGUCCUAUAGAGGAUUGAAGAAUGCAUUUGCCCCCCUCCCCCGCCAACAAAAACCCCCUUGAACUAAAUUACUACUGUGAGAACAACAACUAAGCUACUUAAUAGCUUUGAUAAUGAAUUUUUUUGCUUAAAAUAACACUUUUAGAGGCCAUUAUUUAUCAGAAAACUGGACUUAUCUUUUAGCCUAACUGCGAGGUAUUCCAUGCUACCCAAAAUCCUCAUCAUCUUCCCCUGGCUACAACUAGCCUACAAGUUCUAUAAAUUACUGCAAGCAGUUGAAAUGUGGUUGCUACUACAUGUUGUGACUGAAGUUGAGUGGCUUACCCAAGUUGCAUCAAAGAAAGGCGAUUUUCCUGAAUGAUAGACUAGCACUGGUAUUAGCAGAUGGGUGGAGGGCGUAUUUGUGUAUGGGGUGAACCUAAUUUUCAAAAACCCAUCAUCGAAAUUUUAGUGGGUUUUAUUCCGUGAUAGAUAACUAUAGAAGAAUUUAUGUUUCUGGUUUAAAAUAUCAUUGUUUGUGAGUUCAUUAGAAGUGGAUACAUUCAAGAACACAGUUCACAAAAACAUUGGAAAGUUUCUGUCACGGUGUACUUAAAGGAAGCAUCCUAUCACAUGCAUGGAGUGUUCAGGAAGCCAUAGAAAACAGAUACCGAGAUGGCCAGACUGGGAUCCAACCACAGUCUAGUGCCUUACCGCUGCGCCAACUACUGGGCCACAGCUUUUAUUUGUACUCUCUCUUUUAAACAUGCGAUACCUUGUGAUGCAUCCAACUUUAACUGUGAACUGCAACUGUAGCGAGAUGACGGUUUUCUAUCAAUUUACGAGGGAAGAAAACUAUGCACCAUUGUGGAAAAUGUUAUCUAUUCAUCAAAAUAAGAUCUUGUACAACACUACAUACUUAUAUGAUAACAUUUCACUAAUUUGAAUUACUAUUAACAGUCAUGUACCAGUUAACUUAGAUGAUUGUUAACUGGCCUCAACUUGCAUAUGAAUAGCUAGCCUCCCAACAGACAGAAGAGCUUGAAAUGGCAUCAUAAAACAAACAUUUCACACAAACAUGUGUAUCACUUUACCCUUCAAAGCUGUUAAUUGGGUUCACACAUAAUAAAAAACACCAGAAAUGUAUGGCAUAUGUAAUUUUACAGUCAAAAAAUCUAUUUAGUUCGAGUUUUUAGAGUUCUUUCAAUAAAAAAUUCAACUUAUUAUCAA